AUGGCUUCCCUCAGCCCGCAAGCUUGCUCUUCAUGGCGCUUUCGUUUUCACGUAGAACCAAGCCACUGGCAACUGGGUGAACUAAGCACUGUACCUCGUUACGCCUCAAUCACUCAAUUGCAAUGUAUCCCUUUCCAGUUCAGCAUGACUUGCCCUAUUCUCACCCUUAAACAGGGCGUUGCAAAAGCUUAUGGUCAAGCGUAUCAUCAAUUGUCAGUCUGGCGCCGUCUUAUACGAGCCAUCGGGUCGGCAUUCACUUGGCUCUCACGUCGUCUCGGCUCUGGCCACAGCGCCGUCUUCUAUUUGGCCACAGCGUCGGCAUCAACCAAUUCUUCGCCCGUCUUCUUCGGUCAGCCGGUUGACUCUCAGCCCAGCUUCACUCAGACCGAUCGGCUGGUCGACCAGAGGCCAGUCGAUCAAGACAGUCGAGAGGCCACGGGUGAAUCGGCCUCGAGAAGCGCCAACUUUGACCUGCUUCAAAUGGUCACAUUGACGGAGCGCAAGAUUGUCGUCCAGCACAGACAACCCAAAAGGCUGGAACGUGAAGGAAGUCUGUUUCGGUGA